UCGUUUCGGUCAGUAAUCCCUCUGCUACUCGGCCAUUGACAUUUACGUAAAAUUUCUGCAGCUGGUCUUCAACUCCUCUCGACUCUCGUCCCUCUUUUUUGGCAGAAAUUCUCCGACGAUUUUUCAAAUAUUCGUCCUCUCGACUCUGAUAACCCAAUAUUGGAUUACCUUGUACCCUAAUUCCUGUUUGGUUACCGAGAAAAAAGAAAGGAAAGAAAACGCGCUCAAUUCCUGUUGGCGUGGUGUGUCUCUGCGAUUGGGAAUGGAGGAAUUAUUUGUCGCGAUUCUGUCAAUGCUUCUUGUUGUUGCAUUGGUACCGCUAUAUCUGUGGAAACGCCGUCUAGAUUCUCGUUCACCUAAUGAACAUGAAGAAGAGCCUCAGGCUCCGAGGAGAGAUAAUGUGGUGCGUGCUACUGGUGCUCGACGAAUGCGUAGGAGACCUGCUUCUGGGGCUAGCACGUCGUCAGCUCCAGCUGUUCAAGAAGAAACUGCUGAUGAAAGUGAUGAUGAGGUCAUUGCUGAUGAGCAUUAUGAAGCUAAGGCAUUGAAGAAGAAGGAAAAGAAGAGGCAAGAACGGGAAGCACAACGACAAGCUGAUCAAGCUGCCCGUGAAUCGAGGCAAACAAAACAAGACCGCUAUUCUGAAAUACGGAGGAGAAAAGAUGAGGAGCGAGAGGCAAAGGAACUUAUGCUGGAAGAAGAAGCCAAGGCUCAGAAAGCCAAAGAAGAGGAAGCUGCUGCAUUGGAGUUUGACAAAUGGAAAGGGGAAUUUUCUGUAGAUGCUGAAGGUACUGUAGAAAAUGAAGUACAAGAUGGAGACCGAGAUCUGCUUUCUGACUUUGUAGAAUACAUAAAGACUCACAAGUGUGUUCCUUUAGAAGACCUUGCUGCAGAAUUUAAGUUAAGGACUCAGGAAACUAUCAAUCGGAUCACCACCUUGGAAAGUAUGGGGAGACUUUCUGGUGUCAUGGACGACAGAGGAAAAUAUAUAUACAUCUCUUUGGAAGAAAUGCAAGCAGUUGCAGACUAUAUCAAGCGUCAAGGGAGGGUUAGCAUUUCACAUCUUGCUAGCAAGUCCAACCAGUUCAUUGACUUGGAGCCAAAAGCCCAGUUCGUUGAAGAAAUCAGUAUCGUGGAGGAGAUCAGUGUCACUUAAAAGAUACGCUUUGUGUUCUUUUGUUUGUAGCCAGUCGUUGAUAAAAUCUUAGCUACAAUUGUAAUGAGAAUGUCUAUAGAAAUACUUUUAUGUGACGUUUGGGGGUCAUAUAGUUCUUAUGAUUUUUAUUUCCUGAUCAAAA